CAGAAUUGCUGUUCUGCUUGGAUCGCUGUACAGCAUUCAAUGUUAAAAAAGUUAUCUAUGACUUCUCUCUGUGUUUGAAAGUCUAGUUUGGCUUUAGUAACUUGCUGUUACUUGAUUUUUAAAAUGUUUAUUAGCAUCUUGCUCAACUUGUGAUUUCAGUAGUGUUAGUCAUCAGUUUGAAUUCUCAGGACAGGCAAACAGGUGUAUCUGGUAGGAUGAGCAGGAGUGGAAAAGCUUGCUCCUAAAUAUAGCAGGGAAAACUUUGGUAAUAUCUGUGUGAUGAUCCAUACAGCAGCUGACAAACACCUUCAGGCUCUUGCUCCUGAGGUAAAAACCAACAAAACUCCGAAGUCAAACUGUUGUCGCCAAAGCCUAAUUAGCCUGGGAUAUGGUAGUCUUUGUAGUUGCUGGUCACAUUAACUAUAUCAGCUUGUAGACAUCAUGGCCAGCUCAGCAAGUCUCUGGCCAGAGUGAGAUUAUAUAGCGUAGGUUCUUAUGAUGGCAGGUUUCCAGAGUCAGCCCCACGGGUCCCUUCUGCGUGGAUGGGUGCAGGCUGUCAGAGGCCUGUCUUCAGCAAAACUCUGGCAGCAGUGGAGCUGUUUGGGCUGGAACUUUUCACAGCAGCUAUCUGCUUCAAGGGAAACUGGGGAAAGAAGUGGAAGGAAGCAAAAAGAAGACCAUGUUGUCUCAGGAAUGGAUCAGCUGUGUGUCUUGUGCAUAAAGCUACUUGGGAAGGGGACAGAAAAAGGACCAGAAGUCUUAAAAUGUUUGAUUUGUACUUAGCAGCUCCUCUUUACAAUGGGGAGCUAACAUUUCAGCAGUACAUUGUCUGGUGUGUGCAAAGUGUGGCUUCUGAAACCUCUGAUAAUGCGUCCGAAUCUGACCCUGACCUGGUCUUGAAAUGUGUUCAGUCUUAAAUCUGUUUAUUGCGCAUGUGAGUUUAGUACCUCUUAAAUUCUUUAAAUAGUUGAUCUGUAUCAAGUAUGCUUCAUCCCAGGGCUUAGGCAUAAUUGCUUGUCUGCAGUUGCAUCUUACUGAUAGUGGGUACAGGUACUGAAAUAAGAGCAAGACAACUCUCUUGCAGCUUCAUGCUGAACAUGAGCCUUGUUAUGAUCAGUGAGAAUGUAAAGCUGGCCCGUGAAUAUGCCUUACUGGGAAAUUAUGACUCUGCGAUGGUCUACUACCAGGGAGUUCUUGACCAAAUGAAUAAGUACCUCUACUCUGUCAGAGAUACAUAUCUGCAACAGAAAUGGCAACAGGUUUGGCAGGAGAUAAGUGUGGAAGCUAAGCAUGUGAAAGAUAUAAUGAAAACACUAGAGAGUUUUAAAUUAGACAGUACUCCAUUGAAAGCUUCACAACAAGAAUUACCAGCUCAUGAUGCAGAAGUCUGGUCUUUGCCAGUACCUGCUGAACGUAGACCUUCGCCAGGACCCAGAAAACGUCAGUCCGCUCAGUGCAGCGAUUGCAGAGGUCACAAUAAUCGUAUAAGUGCAGCUGUCAGAGGCCCUCACCGUCCAUCCUCUCGAAAUCCCAAUGAUAAAGGGAAGGCGGUCCGCAGCCGGGAAAAAAAGGAUCAGCAAAAUAAAGGAAAAGAGGAAAAGAACAAAUCCACAUCUGAGAUUUCAGAGUCUGAACCAAAGAAAUUUGAUAGUACUGGAUAUGAUAAAGAUUUAGUAGAAGCUUUGGAAAGAGAUAUAAUUUCUCAGAAUCCCAACAUUCGAUGGGAUGACAUUGCUGAUUUAGUAGAAGCCAAAAAGCUGCUUAAGGAAGCUGUAGUUUUACCAAUGUGGAUGCCAGAGUUUUUUAAGGGAAUUAGAAGACCAUGGAAGGGCGUGCUCAUGGUUGGUCCUCCUGGUACUGGAAAGACCCUCCUGGCAAAAGCUGUAGCCACUGAAUGCAAGACUACUUUUUUCAAUGUUUCUUCUUCCACACUUACCUCAAAAUACAGAGGAGAAUCUGAGAAACUUGUUCGUCUGCUGUUUGAAAUGGCUCGAUUUUAUGCCCCGACAACUAUAUUUAUUGACGAGAUAGACUCUAUCUGUAGUCGCAGGGGAACUUCAGAGGAGCAUGAAGCUAGCCGACGUGUCAAGGCAGAACUGCUAGUUCAAAUGGAUGGUGUUGGAGGGGCUACUGAAAAUGAUGAUCCUUCCAAGAUGGUCAUGGUACUUGCUGCUACUAAUUUUCCUUGGGAUAUUGAUGAAGCCCUAAGACGGAGACUAGAAAAGAGAAUUUACAUUCCUUUACCAUCAGCAAAAGGUAGAGAGGAACUCCUAAGAAUAAAUCUGCGAGAGCUGGAACUGGCUGAUGAUGUUGACCUUGCAAAUAUAGCUGAGAAAAUGGAGGGUUAUUCAGGUGCAGACAUUACCAACGUAUGCAGAGAUGCAUCGUUGAUGGCUAUGAGAAGGCGUAUUGAAGGCUUGACACCAGAAGAAAUAAGAAAUCUUUCCCGAGAUGAAAUGCAUAUGCCAACAACUAUGGAAGACUUUGAAAUAGCUUUGAAGAAAGUUUCUAAAUCUGUAUCUGCUGCGGACAUUGAGAAAUAUGAGAAAUGGAUAGUUGAAUUUGGAUCAUGCUGAGUUGUCUUAUCUUGAAGAAGCCACCUUAUGUCUUAAAACAGCUUUAUAAGUAAUAAGUAGUGUGUCAGUGCACUGCGUGCUCUUUUUAACUUUUGUAAUUUAAGAGCAACAGAUGUCUAAAUAAAUUUUUUUUAAAAUGCAAA